ACGUCCAGCAGCUGUUAGCAAAUAAAGAAGAGGUUCCCUCUGAGCAGCAGGAGUGGAGCUCCAGUCUGGACCAGGAGGACCCAGAGCCCCCACACAUUAAAGAGGAACAGGAGGAACUCUGGACCAGUCAGGAGGGAGAGCAGCUUCAAGGUCUGGAGGAGGCUGGUAUCAAGUUCUCAUUCACUCCUGUGAAGAGUGAAGAUGAUGAAGAGGAAGCUCAGUCCUCACUUCAUCAAAGACAAACUGAACAGAUGGAAACAGAAGCUGAUGGAGAGGACUGUGGAGGACCAGAACCAGCAUGGAACUCAGAUCCAGGUAGACAUCCAGAAACUGUAGAUAAGACAGGAGACUCUCUUGAACCUCAGACUGAUGACGACGCCAGAGAACCUCAGUCCGGUUUAAACUCUCUGAAUAACGAUGGCGUUCCUGUAAACGAUGUCAAAUAUAAUGUUGGCAAAAAAUCUUUUAUCUGCUGCGAAUGUGGUCGCAAAUUUGGCCGUAAGGACAGUCUGCGGAGACACAUGAGGUUUCACACGGGAGAGAAACCGUACAGUUGCUCAGUGUGUGGUAAAGGAUUUUCUCAGAGGCCGAACUUGAUUCGUCACAUGAGAUGUCACUCCGGAGAGAAACCGUUCCGCUGCUCCUUCUGCGACACAAGUUUCGCUGUGCGGAGCGCUCUGGUGAAUCACAUGAGAAUCCACACCGGGGAGAAACCGUUCAGCUGCUUGUAUUGUGACAAAAGCUUCACUCAAAAGGGAGGCCUGAAGAAACACAUGACCGUCCACACAGGAGAGAAACCAUUUAGCUGUCCGGUGUGCGAUAAAUGUUUUUCCCAAAAGGCCAAUCUGACGUACCACUUCUCAUUGCACACGGGACAGAAACAGUUCAGCUGCAGCGUUUGUGACAAACGGUUCACGUGGCAGUCGCAGGUCCGAAGUCACAAGUGUGUCGGCGAGAGCAGUAAAUAGGGAUCGAUACCCAAACCCCGGUUUUAAGCGGGCGCCUGUUCAACAUAAUUAAAGACCGGAGUGUUGAUCAGAGGAUCAAUGCACCUGUUCAACAAGCGUAAACAUGAUCUGCUCUGUCCUCCAUGUUUACGCAGCUAGCUCGGCUAAUUAUUACCAACAAGCUGAAACGGAAGCUGUUCAUUUCUCUGUCGUCAAAAUAUUGAUUUUUAUUUCUAUACAUUUGCAUUUGAUUCUGUUUUAACAAGUGCUUGUGAACAUAACGUUUAGCCCUCUUUGUAAAGAAAACACUAGAUUUACAGAUAUUGAAGACAUCUAUCUAUGAUGUUAUUAAGUGUAAUGUCAUUUUCAUAUAACUUGUAACGCUGAUUAUAUACAGUAACAAAAAGAUGUAAACUGUAAGAGGAAGUAGUAAGAAAUGAUUUCUGAACAGAGUUUUGUGCGUUAAUAUUAAAACCACUGACGGUACUACAGAGUUUAUGUACUAUGUUGGAUAUACUGACGUUAUGACAUGAAAGUGCUGAUGAUAUUUACUGAAAAUAAAUGUUGAAUGAGAAAUGAGUUUGGUGUCAUCGAGUAUUUUGGUGAUUAGUAUGUAUGUAAUUGUACAUAUCCAUAACUUCUGCAUGCUGGGUUUACUCCACCGUCCACAACCUCAAAGGCAGUAGUGGAGGACUUUGUGGAGUGGG